UUAUCAUUGAGAGAUAUUUUCAAGAGCUUCGUUGGCAAGGUCUUCUCUCUCUGCAGCGAGAUUUGGAGAUAGUUUUUUCGUGAAACCCUAGAAAUGGAGAAGUUGAAAACGUGAGAUGUGGCUGUGUCUCUUUCGAUCGGUCUCUUUGAAGAAGCAAAACCACCCUCCAUGAACUCGGAAACUUAGAACUGAUUUUGCCAAAACCAUAUGCUUAGAUUCUCUCUGGACGGAAAGAGGGGAACUUUCGAGAUUUUUCCAGAUUUCUAGGGUUUUGAUGAACAUGGGCACUUCCAGGAAUUCGUCGGGGAGUGUGACGUGUGAUUUCUGCGGCGAGCGAACGGCUGUGCUAUUCUGCAGAGCCGACACGGCGAAGCUAUGCCUGCUCUGCGACCAGCACGUGCACGCGGCGAACCUCCUGUCCCGGAAGCACGUGCGUUCCCAGAUCUGUGACAACUGUGGCAACGAACCGGUCUCCGUCCGGUGCUUCACCGACAACCUCUUUCUGUGCCAAAAGUGCGACUGGGAUGGCCAUGGGAGCUGCUCCGUCUCUUCCGUGGAGGGCUUCUCCGGUUGCCCUUCGGCGGUAGAGCUCGCCGCCGUGUGGGGCCUUGAUUUGGUGGGCAGGAAAGGUGAAGAAGAAGAAGAAGAAGAAGAAGUGCCACUGAUGAUGGAGAAUUUCGGGUUGUCGUUAGAUUCGUGGGUUUCCGGAUCCAACGGCGUGCAGGAGCUCAUCGUCCCGAACGAGUUCAAGAAACAGAGCCCGAGUCGUGAAAAGUAUAAGCAGGUGGUGUAUGAGCAGCUCGAGGAGUUGCUGAAGAGAGAUUUAGUGGGCGGCGACGGCGACAGCGACGGCGACGGCGACGGCGAUGACGGAGAAGGAGAAGGGGAGGUGGUCAUGGUUCCAGAGAUACAGGAGAGGCUUGGAGGAUGGACGGAAGAUCUGGACGGGAUCAGUGGUGGAGCAGCCGUGACUGAGGAGCCUCGAACGACGUCAUUUACGUCGCUGCUGAUGUACCAAACGGAGCAAGAACAUGGUUCAGAAGGUGGUAAUGGUAUGCUGUGGAAUGCUAAUCGUAGUGGUGGCCAGAGUACUCAGAUAUGGGACUUUCACUCAGGACGGUCCAGAGGCCCCGAGGAACCUAACCGGUUAGAAUCUGGAUAUGUAACAACAGGCCCUACUUUCACGAUCAAGAACUUCACCAACCUUAUGAAUGAAACCUAUCCCACCAAUCCGAAAAGUUUCAGAGAUAAUUGCCAGGAUGAAUCAAAUCGCUCAACUUCAGGUCAGGGACCUGCAACAUCUGAGAGCAAUAAUCUUCCAAACAACAACUCCAAUGACUUACAUUUCACGGAUCAGUUCAUCGGCAGUAGUAGUAAGACUACUGGGCUAGCUGCGACAAUGGCUGAUCCCGAAAGAGUGGCUCAGAACAGAGGCAAUGCAAUGCAGCGUUACAAAGAAAAGAAGAAAAAUCGAAGAUAUGAUAAAACCAUAAGAUAUGAAUCGAGGAAGGCAAGAGCCGACACCAGGAUGCGUGUGAAGGGCAGAUUCGUGAAAGCUAGUGAAGCUCCUUUCACUUGAGUAUCGUCCCGUUACUUGUUUAGCCAUAAAGUUAGCAACUUUUCCGAAUCCCUUGCUUUGUUAAUCCAACUACCUCUCUCGGGUUUAUCUAAGAUUCUACGUAAAUGUAUAAUUUGGCCAUCCUUCUGUGUUUUUUGUGCACUAUCUAGGCCGCCCUUGUACUCUCUAAACUGCUCUACUUAAAAGUAAACGAAACUGUUUUCUUGACCUUCUAGAAACAAUUACUCACUGGAGUUUUCUCUUUUCAUUUUUCUACUCUAUCAAGUUAGAAUCUCAUAUUGGUUGAGUCGUUUUUGCAGCUACAGUUGGUCAAUAAAGCUAACUCCUUUCUUUGUAUAAAGCCGCCUGAAAGUGUAGCCCUCGACGAGAUUUUGCUUAAAUCAAGUUACCGAUGGAGAUUCGGAUCAUGGGUUUGAUUGUGUUGCUUAUGCAGCAGUGUGAAUCAGACAGCCUCAGCCAAUUCAGAAGUGGACCGAACAAUGUUAUGCAAAGCUGGGAUCCGACUUUGGUGAAUACUUGUUCGUGGUUACACGUUAGUUGCAACGCCAAUAACAGCGUCACUCGUUUAUUUCAGAGAGUGUGGAUUGCAUUGGAUAGAUGCAUACAUACAUGUAAGAAUACUCGAAAAGAGAUGAGCCGGGUACAAGGAGAGGAAUCUAAGUCUUGUUUCUAUUGAAGGGACCUCGGGAGCUUGGGCUGCUGAGUAAUCUCGAUUAUCUCGAAGUUUACGAGAACGAUUUGACGGGAACUAUACCGAAAGGGAUCGGUAACUUGAAGGGGCGUAUAAGCUAGGUCGGAAUCUCGACUUCUCUUGGCAAUCUUUUCCUCUUUGAGGUUCUUGUAAGUAUAAGGAGUUUCAUAGUUUCUUCUUACCAUCUUUUAGUUUUGUUUUUAGCCCUUUUUUUUUUUUCCUUUGGGUUAUAAAGAUUGAGACUUUAUGAGACAGGAGACUGAACAGCAACAAGCCAAGGGGGGAGAUCGGUUCUUGAUCUUGUUCUUGUCGGGAACUUGAGAAUCUUGUGAGUUUUUUUUUUAAACGCAACAGAAGAUUCGAAAUUGUUGUUUUGGAGUUAGUCUGUUUGAUUCUCCUGAUGAUCA